AUGGAACCAAACAGUUUCAUAGACCUAAAAAUAAUCUCAUGCAAAGACAUAAACGCAUUCAACUUCUUCCAAAAACUAACCCUCUACGCACAAGUUUCAAUCUCCACCACCAACCCGAAAACCAAACUCACAAAACAACAGCAACGAACACCAACUCACAGGGACACCGACGACGACGGAACAAACCCUGAAUGGAACCACCAAACACGCUUCAAUCUCUCCUUUCUCUCCAGUCACCCAGAUCCAUCCGAAUUCUUCUUAUCCUUCGAGUUUCGUCACGACGGUCUCAUCCUCGGCAAUAAAUUCCUUGGAGAAUGCCGUGUUCCUUUAACCGAUCUGAUUCGUGAUAUCGACGGUGCUGAGAGGUUUGUUAGCUACGAGAUUCGUUGUGAUGGUAAAUCCAACGGGAUCUUCCAUUUUUCGUAUAGGUUAACAGGAAUUGGAAAUACGAACUCGUCUCAGAUUCUCGAUGGGAGAAUAUCUGGGUAUCCUGUUUUGACACCGGAUGAUUAUGCUCCGGUGCAAUAUCAUGUACCGGAAAUUGAGAGGCCGUACCCGUAUUGUUAUCCACCGGUUUGUGAGGGACCAUUUGCGGUGCGGCCGGCUCCGUCUGUUUCGUAUCCGUUGAUCGGAGGAUGUAAUUAUUAUGAAUAUAAUUUUUAUCCACCGCCGCAACCCUCUGUGUAUCCUCCUCCGCCUGUUGAGCCGGAGGCCCAUCAUUGGCAGUCAGGCCCGUAUUUUGAAAAUAGGUGGUAA